AGCUCUUUUUAAGGUCAAAGGUAACGUAGAUCAGAACGUGAGUACUUGGUAAGGUCGACUUGUGUUUUACUCCAAAUGAUGACAUUGAAGUACUGAACGAGCACCAUGUUCCAUCGCCUGGCCUCGGUGCUGAGUGUAAGAGCUGCAGAAGCUGACAGCCCCCCAGCUGCAGAUGAAGGUACCAGAGACCCUCCCGAGGCCCCCCCUCAGCCGUACAGGAGAGUCCCCCGGGACCCCGCCAUGCUGAGUCAGUACCCGCCCACCAGGAUCCCCUGGCUGGUCGACUCACAGGAAGACAUCGGGCUGGGGAAACGGGGCAGGCUGCAGACGUAUCUCGGGGAGUGUCAAUCUUGCAGGUGGGUCUCAGGCCUGUCGUUUAUUGGUGCAGGGGUUUAUGUCUACAUGAGCAGCAGAGCCCGUAUACGCUACACUCGCAAAACCGGACCUCUCAUCAAGAUCUUCUUUGCUUUGUGUCUGGGUGUUGCUGGUAUCACCAUCAUUGUGGACCCACAGAAGCAGAUCCAGGAUGACUGGUUGAGGAGGUAUGAGGAACGGCAGCGCAGACUCAGACUGAGAGAGGAACACGCCAUGGCCAAGUUGGAGAAGGAGGAGGCAGUAAUUACUGAUGAGAGCUGGCAGAAAAAAAGUGUUCUCUGAGACUGUUCAAGUGCAAAACAUUUCAACAGCUGUGCCUAAAAGUAGUCACCCCAGCAACUGGAAAUAAUAUUGGAAACGGUCAGACGUUUCAAACAACAUUCAUUGUUUUUUGUCAGUGACUCCAUAUCCAAUUGCUUGAGUAACUGAUUUUUGCUGUAUCUUAUUACCUGGAUGUCUAAUCUUCAUUGACGUAUUUCAACAGAUGCUACAUCACAGGGCAGCUUAUUUUAUUUCAUCCGACUACAGAAGUCUUCCAUAAUAGAGGUCCUUUCAGCCAAUAAGUAAAAACAUAUUAAUUCUUCCUUCUCGUGAUUAAAUUGUAUGUGCAAAAUUGUACUAUUGGUAGAAGUUAACAACGUUUUGUAAAUGGGCUGCUUUGCCAUCAUGUCGCUUGGCUUACCUGUAAGGUAUACUGCUGAUGAGCAUGUGUAGCAAAUGAGAUUUUACUAAUAAAGUCUUCAAGGAAGGCUUUCCUGGCUUUACACUGCUUCACUUUGACUUAAACCUUUAUUGACAAUGAGACAAGACUGUUGUAUCUUGAAAUAUGUUUUUUGAUUUGAAAGUAAAAUAUAACUGUCUCUAAUUGCUACUUGUGGAAUGUAUGUACAGAUACCUGUAGUUAAUUGUUACUUUGUGAAAUCAAAGAGGUUAAAGAGACAUUGAUGAUAUACAUGUAUGUCAAAUUACAGAUAAGUUCCUUUGAACAGGCAAGCUGUAGCAUUAAAGUCAAGAAUACAAAACAAUUUGUACAGGAUUUAGAAAGUGAUGAUGAUUCAUAAAGUAUGAUGUCAUGCAUUGCUGGUAUGCAGGAUGACCGUGUCAUUUGUUUUGCUGCUGACAUGAUAUCAAGGCUUGAUAUUGUUCAGUUUAUUGUAUUUUAUGUCAUAUACUUGGGCCGCGAUAACGUAAAAAGCUGUAUCACACAUGCUUUGAAGUUUUAUCACACAGGCUUCCAUCAAACACUUUGAACGUACUCUGCCCAUGCCGUGUGCGGCGCAGUCGAAAAUUUGAAUGCUUGUUUCGGACGUUGGAACAUUGCUGUUGUAACAAUUUGUUUGAGGACACCAAAUUUUUGCAACUUCUGUCACAUUUCGCAUGAAAACAUGUGUUUUAACAAGUGGGUAUGACAUAAAUAAAAUGCAAUACAGUGUAUUCCACAUCCCCCUCGGCCCAGCCCUCCCGUGGGUCGGGUCGCCCUCCAGCAGUCGGGUGAUCCGAUCCGCAGUCGGGCUGGAACCUCGGGUGAUGAGGAAUACACCGUGUUGUAUUCUACAUGUACAUGUUGUGAACUAGCGUUACAUGAUGAACAUUAAGAGGUCUGUUGGAAUAGCCUGUAUUUCUGCAUUUGAUUUCAUGUUAGACUUUGUUGCUUGGAUAUCUUGGAGAAAUGUGUAAGAGGUGAAUACUGAACAAAUGCCAUAGCCAAAGCUCCAUCUAUAAACGUUUAACGUUAAUGUUAUAUGUUUACAAUUGGUAACGUUAACACUGAGUGAGCUGAUAGUUCGGUUAACAAAACUUUAUCAUACGGGUUUAAUUGAACCUCUUUGGUUUAACCAUAAUGAUAAGUGUGGUCUUUUCUGUCCUAUUGCUAGUGUGAUCUAGAAUCAUUAUGGCAUGUGGGCAAUGUCUGUGGGAGCUCGACGGGUUGAGUGAUAGUGUAAGGGCGACCCCUUGGGAUUAUUGUUAGUACUGCAAAUCCGGAGCGUACAACCCUGACCCCUGACCUUGGAAGUUUUUAUUCAGUCAGCUGGGUGACAGAUGCAGUGUCCUGUGUCUACAGCCAUCGCAUAGCUUCGCGCACGAGGAGAGUAUGAAAGGCAUUCGUGCUGGCUUAGAUACCGGUCCGGUCCGGUGCCGUCUCAGACUGAUAAGCAGUAUUCUUCUUGUCCGGACCCGUUUGAAGUAACCCGCUCGUACAGAUGGACACAGAGUUUGUGCUGUUGCAUGAUCGCCGGGAUUUGACCCAGUCCUGUGUUGAACUGCUCAACAGUGAGUGGCCCAGGAGCCAGGCACUCAGGGAGCGGAAUCUGGAAAAGUCCAGUAAUGACCUGCCAUGUAGUAUUGUCAUGUUGGAGAGAACCAGAUCAGGCAAGGAGAAAGUUGUGGGCUACUGUAAGAUCAGCAGGGUGCUGGGCAUGGCAGACAGUGUGGUGGUAGAGUCAGUUGUGGUGUCUAUAGAGAACAGAGGGCGUGGUCUGGGGAGGAGACUGAUGGAGAACAUGGAGGAGAUAGCUCACAGAUUUGGGUUCAAGAGGGUGUACCUGUCCACCCAUGACAAACAGGGCUUUUAUGAGCAUUUAGGAUACAACUACAGCAAGUCUGUGUCAGCUGUCAAACCCUGCUCGGUCAAGAUCAAUGAACGUCUGCUGAAGAAGCUUGAUGCCAGUGUUCUACCCAACUUCAACAGGACUACCAUGGACUUGCAGCUAAACGGUCCAGCUGUGAACAGUUCUGGAGCAAAGAACGAUGAUGUAUUUUUUGAGGACUCUGUCAAUGGACAAAUCAGGAACAAUUUGACUCAUCCUCUUAGCAAUUGUAUGAAGGACAUGUCUCUAUCUGCUGCUCAAACAUCCCCUUCCUCUGAAAUCAUACCCCCUCCUCCGCCACCCCCUGGACACAUACCCCCUCCUCCACCACCCCCUGGACACAUACCCCCUCCUCCACCACCCCCUGGAAAUAUACCCCCUCCUCCACCACCCCCUGGACACAUACCCCCUCCUCCACCACCCCCUGGACACAUACCUCCUCCACCUCCACCGCCUGGAUACAUUCCGCCACCGCCCCCAUCAAACAUACCCCCUCCACCUUCACAAUAUAUCCCUCCCUUAGAAAGCAUACCACGGCCAGCCCCUCCAAGUGCCCCUGGCUACUUGUCCAGUACUCGCCAGUCUAGGCCCCCAGCCCCAUCUGGCAUCUUCCCCAAGUACAGAAGGUUUCCCAGCGUGGAACAGAAAACAGACUGGAUGAUGAAGGUCCUACCAGACACCAGCUGACACAAAACUACACACUGCAGAACUUCUGACUGACUAGGAUUUUUAAGGAGAUUCUGAAGACAGAUGAGACAGUGGUGUUAGAAGUUUUGUUUUAUUCAUGAUAUCUAUGGCAGUCAUGACAAUAUGGCAAGAGAAUGUAGUCCCAUUCAAAAAGACAGCUAGAUACAGGGAUGGUACUGUAGGCCUCGUAGAUCAUGUACAUGUAGCAGUAGUUCCUUUCAUUCCAAAUCUGAUGUUUACAGCUACUAAUUAGAUAACAUAUUUAUGAUCAUGCAUUGUUAUGAUACUGUUCCUUUUUUUAUAUAUCUUAAUAACGGUUACAUGUAUAGUUCUUAAUACAGUCAUAGCCUACACUUGAAUGAUCAUGUGUGAAAUUUAUAUUGUUAAAUUGGCUCUACUAACAGUCCAAAUAUCUUGACCUGCUGUAUGACAGGAAUACAUAAACGUCUUUUUUAACCUCCUUAAUAAAAGGCAGCCAAUUAUUUUUC